AUGAGCGAUCAAGGCGAAAUAACACCCGAAGAAGGUGGUAUAAAUAAACAAGCUUUUACUACUUGCGCAAAAUGCGGGCUUAUGAUUCUGGCAGCACAAAUAGAUGAGGGACCUGGCUCUGAUGAUGUAACACCCGAAAAACUAAAACAGCAACAAAAAGCUAUAGAAGAAAAAGUUUACAAUAUAUGGACUGUACUUUCUGCAUUCGAGGAAAUGUCUGCUGCAUGUAUCUCUGAUAUGCUUCUUCACGUGUCAAAUGGAGCUUAUCUUGAGGGCGUAAAAAUGAUAGAGAGAUUUAUCAAUCAUGUUGAUAUCUUAUUUUCUGCAAUCGAUGAUUUGGAAGUUCAGUUAGUGCAAGCAAGCGGUCAGGAAGGGAAACAAGUUAUAGAACCAAAUGCAGACAAUGAAAUCACAUCCGAUCUGUGUCAUGUAUGUCGGAUCACUGUUGAAGAAGAAUGUUACAAAUAUGGACAUUAUCGUUGGCAUAUUGGUUGCUUAAGGUGUUCUGGUUGUUCUCGAGAAUUACGUACCAUAUACCGUGACGCUACAUUUAAUCAAAUUACUGAAAUGACGUUCUGUCCUGCCCAUACAAAUGAACAAGCCGCACCCGGAUUUCAAUACGUCACGCAGCUAGAACAGUACACGUAUUUGUUACGUGUUGAAUUAUCUCGCAUGUAUAAUUUAUUGAAACGUAAAGAUGAACAUAGUCUAUCGGAUUACGACGACAUUCGUAGUGGUAGAAAGACUAACAAAGAAGAAGCCGGUCUUAUUCGUAAAGAUUCACGUUCAAAGUCCUAUUCUAGCGGUGAUAAAUCAUAUGUAUCUCUUAAUACAGACAUAAAGCGUAUGAAGUCUGUUUUGGAUCGCAAAGUGUCAACUUCUGAGAGAAUUGCUAAGACAUCAAGGGUAGUAGAACAUGAACAACCAAAUACUUCACAGACUCAGGAAGAAACCUCUAAAGAUAAAUUAGCUAGAGCACCUUCACAACAUCAUGUCAGAAUUAUUGACGAUAAAAUGCCAGAUUCACAAAAUGGUGAUGCUCGUCUGAAAUUUGAUCUAGAAAAUGAAGCGAUUACAUUGGCUGAUAUUUCAGCAAUUGCAGCUGCAGAAAUGUCAACAGAAGAAAAACCAAAGAAAAAAUUCAAACGAGUAUCACGUACUAAACUUUAUAUGUCUGAACUUUCAGGCCUGGAAUAUUUUAUUGUAAGGCAUGUAGCUGUUCUUAUUAUGGAACCAUACGUUAAGGACUAUUUCAACCUGGAAGAAUUGUUAGACUUGAUUGGAUCUAAGAAGGCAACAUUGUGGACGAAAUUUGUACAGCAAAUUAGACCUAAAGAGGUACCUGUAAAGAAGAAAGAAGUUCUAGUUGAGAGAUAUGGUGUGGACUCGGUACUAGGAGCAGGUCCUGGUCGAAUAAGAGUCCCUAGUUUUAUAGACGACAGCAUAUCAGCUAUGAAAACAAUGGACAUGUCUGUUGAGGGCAUAUUCCGUAAAAAUGGCAACAUUCGACGUCUAAAGGAUCUCAGCGAAGCCAUUGACAGAAAUCCUUCAUCAGUUAAUCUCUCCGAAGAUAAUCCAGUUCAAGUUGCCGCGUUAAUGAAAAAGUUUCUUCGUGACUUGCCUGAUCCACUUCUUACCUUCAACUUAUUGAAGUAUCAAGACGAUUUCUGGGUGGUUCCUGAAGAUUUGGCUGCAGCUUUACGCGAUCAAGAACUAAUCAACAAUCCUGAGAGGUUAACACCAAAAGAUAUAAUGAAACGUUGCGAAAAUCUUGUCAAAUUACAAAAGUCACAACCUCAGACUAAUAACUAUGCUAAUAGUAAUAGUGAUGAAAUUUCUAGUGAUGGUGACUAUACGUUUGUACAAGUACCAGAUAAUCAUCCUUAUCAAAAACAGGCAGACCAAAGAGGAGAAAGUAAUCGUGAUGACUCGAAUCUACAUGGUUCAUCGUCAUCUUUGGUUAAUGAAGUUUCUAUUCCGGUGGAGCAACGAGCAUCUUGA